AUGACAUUUGAGAUUCUCCCCCUCGAGCCAGCGGACAUACCGGAAUGCUUUGCAGCAGCUCAAAAAGCUUUCGUCGAGUUUAGUCGCUUGAUAUUCAAGCCAGAUCAUCUAUCAACCGAGUCCGCUGAGCUUCUUAUCAAGAGUCGGAUCCAGGGAUUCAACAAUAGAAACCUGCAAUCACGAAAUUUCAAGGCCGUUGAUUGUGAGACAGGUACAAUCAUUGCCGCGGCACGGUGGAGGGUCUAUCCAGAAGAUGAGCUUUUGAUCAAGAGCGUGGAUGAAAUCGUUGAGGCAAAGCUACAGCCCCGCGUGCCUGAAUUGCGUGAAGAUGUGGCCAGAGCAUUCUAUACGAUGCUAAACCAGGGCAAGCGCGAGAUAGCUGGAAUUGAGAAAGAUAAAGAUGGAAGAACAGUUAAAUUGAUGCGCCGCGUGGAGUUGGAGUCCCUAUUUACACAUCCAAGCUACCAACGAAGAGGAGCUGCAAGGGCCCUUCUGCAACGGUGUAUUCAAGAAGCUGACCUACUCGGCUUGGUUGUUUACCUUGAGGCGACCCAGGACGGAAAACCUCUCUAUGAGAAUUGUGGAUUUGAAGCUAUCAGAACCCACACGUUUGAGGCAGAGAAAUUUGGAGGCGAAGGGGCGCAUCAGUACACGUAUAUGGUGAGGUCACCAAAGGAGAGCUCUUCUAUAGCUUCAAAAUGA